AUGUCUGCCAACGAACAAGUCAAGCUAAGCAGCUUCAACGACAUCUUUUCCCUCGAGGGCAAGGUCGCUGUCGUAACAGGCGGGUCCCGUGGUCUAGGACUGCACGCGGCAUCAGGUCUCCUUCAAGCUGGAUGCUCUAAGGUCUACAUCACAUCCCGCAAGAAGGCAGCCUGCGAUGAAGCAGUUGCUGCUCUCAAUGCGCUCCCCAACAAGCGGCCCGGCGCUCAGGCCAUCUCCGUGCCGGCCGACAGCUCAGAUAUGAAGGAGCUUGACCGACUCGCUGCUGAAGUGGCCAAGACCACAGACCGAGUCGAUAUCCUCUUUGCCAAUGCUGGUGCAACAUGGGGCGAGAAAUUCGAUACUCACCCCGAGAAGAUGUUCUCCAAAGUUAUGGACUUGAAUGUCAAGAGUGUAUUCUACACGAUCCAGAAGUUCACACCCCUCCUCACUGCCAAAGCCACAAUCGCCGAUCCAUCCCGCGUGAUCAUUACCGCAUCCGUUGCUGGAAUUGGUAUCGGUACAGUUGGCGACAAUGCCACGCCCUCUUACUCGGCUUCCAAGGCUGCUGCCAUUCAUCUGGCGAAGAACCUGGCCGUCGAGCUUGGUCCGCGCCACGUUUUGACCAAUGCCAUUGCACCAGGGUUCUAUCCCUCCAAGAUGGCUAGUGGACUUAUUGAGGCGAAGGGUGGGUUGAAGGAGCUCGAACAGUACUCGCCCAACGGUCGACUUGGUAGGCCUGAGGAUAUUGCUGGUCUUGUUGUUUUCCUCGGGUCUCGGGCUUCAAGUCAUUUGAACGGUGCUGUCAUUGCAACAGACGGUGGUGCGGUGCUUAAGGGGAGAUUGUAG